AUGACAUCAAUUGGUAUAGAUUUAGGAACAACAUAUUCUUGUGUUGGUGUUUGGUUGAAUGAUCGUGUUGAAAUUAUUGCAAAUGAUCAAGGUAAUAGAACUACUCCAUCAUAUGUUGCAUUCAAUGAUACAGAGCGUUUAAUUGGUGAUGCUGCAAAGAAUCAAGUUGCAAUGAAUCCAAUAAAUACAGUUUUCGAUGCAAAACGUUUAAUUGGUAGGAAAUUUUCAGAUAGUGUUGUUCAAAGUGAUAUGAAACAUUGGCCAUUUAAAGUUAUAACAAAUAAAAACGAUGAUAAACCAUUAAUUCAAGUUGAUUUCAAAGGUGAAACUAAAACAUUCUCACCUGAAGAAAUUUCAUCAAUGGUAUUAUCAAAAAUGAAAGAAACUGCUGAAUCAUAUUUAGGUAAACCUGUUAACAAUGCAGUUAUAACAGUUCCAGCUUAUUUCAAUGAUGGACAACGUCAAGCAACUAAGGAUGCUGGUACAAUUUCAAAAUUAAAUGUUCAACGUAUCAUUAAUGAACCAAGUGCUGCUGCUAUUGCAUAUGGUUUAGAUAAGAAAGGUAGUAAAAGUGGUGAAAUAAAAGUUUUAAUAUUCGAUUUGGGUGGUGGUACAUUUGAUGUUUCAUUACUAUCAAUUGAUGAUGGUGUAUUUGAAGUUUUAGCAACAGCUGGUGAUACUCAUUUAGGUGGUGAAGAUUUUGAUAAUCGUUUAGUGAAUCACUUUGUAGAUGAAUUCAAACGUAAACAUAAGAAGGAUAUAAUGGGUAACCAACGUGCUCUUCGUCGUUUGAGAACUGCAUGUGAACGUGCAAAAAGAACACUAUCAUCAUCAUCUCAAGCAUCAGUUGAAAUUGAUUCACUUUAUGAUGGUAUUGAUUUCUAUACCUCAAUUACCAGAGCACGUUUUGAAGAACUUUGUUCUGACCUUUUCAAUAAUUGUAUUGAACCAGUUGAAAAAGUUUUAAAAGAUUGUAAAUUGGAUAAGAAAUCAAUAGAUGAAAUUGUAUUAGUUGGUGGUUCAACUCGUAUUCCAAAAGUUCAACAAUUAAUUCAAAAUCUUUUCAAUGGUAAAGAAUUAAAUAAAUCAAUUAAUCCUGACGAAGCCGUUGCAUAUGGUGCAGCAGUACAAGCUGCUAUUCUAUCAGGUGAUAAAAGCUCAAGAAUCUCUGAAUUAAUUUUCAUUGAUGUUGCACCAUUAUCAUUGGGUAUUGAAACUGUUGGUGGUGUAAUGACAAACAUCGUUCCAAGAAACACAAUUAUCCCAUGUAAAAAGACACAAACUUUUUCAACUCACACAGAUAAUCAAAGUGGUGUUUUAAUUCAAGUUUAUGAGGGUGAACGUACAAUGACAAAAGAUAAUAAUCUAUUGGGUAAAUUUGAAUUAACUGGUAUCCCACCAGCACCACGUGGUACACCUCAAAUUGAAGUUAGUUUCGAUGUUGAUAGUAAUGGUAUUUUAAAUGUUACAGCUGAAGAUAAAACUACUAAAAAAGUUGAAAAAAUAACUAUCACCAAUGACAAAGGUCGUCUCUCUCUAAAAGAUAUUACUAAAAUGGUUGAAGAUGCAGAGAAAUUUAAAGAACAAGAUCAACAACAAAAAGAACGUAUUGAAUCAAAGAAUAAUCUUGAAAACUAUAUAUUUUCUGUAAAAAAUUCAAUUAAUGACCAGAAAAUCAUUUCAAAACUCUCUAAAUCUGAUAAAAAUAUUAUUGAAUCUGAAACUGAAAGUACUCUUAAAUGGUUAGAAUCAAAUCAAUCUGCCGAAAAGGAUGAAUUUAAUCAAAAGAUAUCAGAUCUUGAAUCAAUUGUUAACCCAAUCCUUAGUAAAUUCUAUCAAGGUAAUAAUAAUCCAAAACCAACCACAACUACUUUUAACCAAGAUCUUGAUUAA